AUGAGCAAAAGUCUUAAAUCCGCCAGCAUGCCUGAAGUGGAGGAACACAUUUCCACGAAAUAUGAGAUCAAGAAAAGACUUGGCAAAGGGGCGUACGGCAUCGUUUGGAAAGCGGUGGACAGGCAAACGGGCGAAAUUGUGGCUGUGAAAAAGAUUUUUGACGCCUUCAGGAAUAAGACGGAUGCUCAGCGGACCUUUCGAGAAGUCAUGUUUCUUCAGGAAUUUGGCGAUCAUCCCAAUGUGGUCAAACUCCAAAACGUCAUCCGAGCCCAAAAUGACAAAGAUAUUUAUCUCAUCUUUGAGUACAUGGAUAGCGACUUGCAUGCCGUCAUUAAAAAGGGAACGCUACUAAAAGACAUCCAUAAGCGCUACGUCAUGUACCAGCUGCUCAAAGCCGUCAAAUAUAUGCAUUCGGGGAACGUCAUCCACCGGGACCAAAAGCCUUCCAACGUUCUCGUCGACUCAGACUGCGUGGUCAAACUUUGCGACUUCGGCUUGGCUCGAUCCCUAACUCAAGACCAGGAGGAUAGCGGUAACCCGGCGCUGACGGAAUACGUAGCAACCAGGUGGUACCGCGCUCCGGAGAUCCUGCUAGGCUCCACCAGGUACACGAAAGGCGUGGACAUGUGGAGUUUGGGUUGCAUCCUGGGAGAAAUGCUGCUAGGAAAAGCAUUGUUCCCCGGCUCGUCCACCAUGAAUCAGAUUGAGAAGAUCAUGAGCGCCAUUCCGCACCCGUGUCAAGACGACGUCCGCGCCGUCAAGUCUGAAGUCGGCUCGUCGGUCAUUCAGAGGAUGUUACUGAGGCCGCAAUUGCUAGUUGAGGAUCUCCUGAAGUCGUCGGCGCCCCCCGACGCUGUGGACCUCAUGAAGCGCCUGCUAGUUUUCAACCCCGACAAGAGGUUGACGGCGGAAAAAGCCCUGCAGCAUCCUUAUGUAGCCAGGUUCCACAAUCCAAGCAAAGAACCGUCUCUCAACUACGACGUAGUACUACCACUGGACGACGACGUGCAGUUAUCUGUGGAGCAGUACCGGAAUAAACUAUACGAGAUGAUCAGAGAACGAAAAAAUCACCAAGGCUCGCUCCGACUCUUCCACCCCAAAAAAGAUGUCGUGGACAAACCCGGUGACAGCGAGAGAGGAGACGAAAAUCAGGACGAAAAAUCUGAACGUAAUCCGAACGAGACGGCGAACGCGUCGCCCCCUCCGCCCGGCAACAAGGUGGAUCAAUCUGAGAACUCUCACCUGGCGAAAUGCACUUAUAACCCAAUCACGCACGCUCCUAAUGGUUUUGUUCACGCAACCGGCACCAGAUCGGCAAUACAGACAAGCAGUAGUGGCAGCAUAUCGCCAACAGAGGGCGGCGGACAAAACACAUCCAUGGACCAGAUAAUCCAGCGCGGUCGUUCCGCGCCGCCGCACCCCAAACGCGCCUUCUCCCUGUCGCUAAACCAAACUCAGAACAACCCCUUGGUACGCAAGCCCCACUCACCGCCAGGAUUGAGCGUCGCUACCGCAAACCAGGAGCAGUGCUCCAGCUCUCAGGCACGCGACGCUCGUCCGGCGCCAAGAUUCAGCAAGAAGGUCUUCCAGAACAACUGCAAUGUGUCGGCGGCGGGCGACCCUCGCGCUAAGCUAGGCAGCUACUGCCAAGCGUACGGAACUAUUAGCAAGUCGCAACUGGACGACCUGCUUCAGACCAACCAGUAG